AUGAUUCUUCCUUUCUUCAAUCUUUUUUUAAUCAGGAAGGACUUUGAAACAAGUCAACUUCUUAGUAAGAUUGAAGAUGAACAAUCGCUUGGUGCUCAGCUACAGAAAAAGAUCAAGGAGCUUCAGGCCCGCAUUGAGGAACUAGAGGAAGAGAUUGAGUCUGAGCGUGCAGCUCGUGCCAAGGUUGAGAAGCAGAGAGCUGAUCUCUCCAGGGAACUUGAGGAGAUCAGUGAAAGGCUUGAGGAGGCUGGUGGUGCCACUGCUGCUCAAAUUGAGAUGAAUAAGAAGCGUGAGGCUGAGUUCCAGAAGCUGCGUCGUGACCUUGAAGAGUCCACCCUUCAGCACGAAGCCACUGCGUCAGCUCUCCGUAAGAAGCAGGCAGACAGUGUGGCUGAGCUGGGAGAGCAGAUUGACAACCUCCAACGUGUCAAGCAGAAGCUUGAGAAGGAGAAGAGUGAAUACAAGAUGGAAAUAGAUGAUCUCGCCAGCAACAUGGAGGCUGUUGCUAAAGCUAAGGGAAAUCUGGAGAAGAUGUGCCGCACCCUUGAGGACCAACUCAGUGAAACCAAGGCUAAGAGUGAUGAGGCUGCCCGUCAGGUCAAUGACCUCAGUGGUCAGAGAGCAAGACUUCAGACUGAAAAUGGUGAGCUUGGCCGCCAGGUUGAGGAGAAAGAUGCUCUUGUGUCUCAGCUGACCAGAAGCAAGCAGGCAUUCACUCAGCAAGUUGAGGAGCUGAAGAGACUGAAUGAAGAGGAAGUCAAGGCCAAGAAUGCCCUGGCUCAUGCUGUUCAGUCAGCUCGUCAUGACUGUGACCUUCUAAGGGAGCAGUUUGAGGAGGAGCAGGAAGCAAAGGCUGAGCUUCAACGUGGCAUGUCUAAGGCCAACAGCGAAGUUGCUCAGUGGAGGACCAAGUACGAAACUGAUGCCAUUCAGCGCACUGAGGAGCUUGAGGAGUCCAAGUAUAAAAAAGAACUUGCCCAGCGUCUCCAGGAGGCUGAGGAGCAAAUCGAGGCAACCAACUCAAAAUGUGCCUCUCUAGAUAAGACCAAGCAGAGACUCCAGGGUGAGGUUGAGGACCUCAUGAUUGAUGUGGAGAGAGCCAAUGGUCUAGCUGCCAACCUUGACAAGAAGCAAAGAAACUUUGACAAGGUCCUGGCAGAAUGGAAGCAAAAGUACGAGGAGGGUCAGGCAGAGUUGGAGGGUGCCCAGAAAGAGGCUCGUUCUCUCAGUACUGAGCUGUUCAAGAUGAAGAACUCAUAUGAGGAGUCUCUUGACCACCUUGAGACCCUGAAGAGGGAGAGCAAGAAUUUGCAACAAGAGAUUUCGGAUCUGACUGAGCAACUUGGUGAAACUGGAAAGAGCAUCCAUGAGCUUGAGAAGUCCAAGAAGACUGUAGAGACUGAAAAGACUGAGAUCCAGACAGCCCUGGAAGAGGCUGAGGGAACUCUUGAGCAUGAGGAGUCCAAGAUUCUUCGUGUCCAACUUGAACUCAACCAGAUUAAGGGUGAGGUUGACCGGAAGCUUGCAGAGAAGGAUGAGGAGAUGGAGCAGAUCAAGAGGAAUGCCCAGAGGAUAGCCGACUCCAUGCAGAGCACUCUGGACUCUGAGGUCAGGAGCAGAAAUGAUGCCCUGAGAAUCAAGAAGAAGAUGGAGGGAGACCUCAAUGAGAUGGAGAUUCAGUUGAGCCAUGCUAACCGCCAGGCUGCUGAGUCCCAGAAACAACUGAGAAAUGUGCAGGGUCAACUCAAGGAUGCCCAACUGCACCUUGAUGAUGCUGUCAGAGGACAAGAAGACGGGAAGGAGCAGGUUGCCAUGGUAGAGCGCAGGAACACCCUGAUGGUGGCUGAGAUUGAGGAGCUCAGAGUUGCUCUGGAGCAGACAGAGAGAGGCCGCAAAGUGGCUGAACAGGAGCUGGUUGAUGCUAGUGAGCGUGUUGGCCUCCUGCACUCUCAGAACACAAGUCUGAUUAACACCAAGAAGAAGCUUGAGGCUGACUUGGUUCAGAUCCAAGGUGAGGUUGAUGACAUCGUCCAGGAGGCUAGAAAUGCUGAGGACAAGGCCAAGAAAGCCAUCACUGAUGCUGCCAUGAUGGCAGAGGAGCUGAAGAAGGAGCAGGACACCAGUUCUCAUCUGGAGAGGAUGAAGAAGAACCUGGAGGUCACUGUGAAGGAUUUGCAGCACCGCCUAGAUGAGGCUGAGAAUCUGGCCAUGAAGGGUGGCAAGAAACAACUCCAGAAACUGGAGUCCAGGGUUCGUGAGUUGGAAAGUGAGGUUGAGAAUGAACAACGACGUGGUGUUGAUGCUGUCAAGGGAGUCCGCAAAUAUGAGAGGAGAGUGAAGGAGCUCACCUAUCAGACUGAGGAGGACAAGAAAAACGUCAACAGACUGCAGGACCUUGUUGACAAGCUGCAGAUGAAGGUCAAAGCCUACAAGAGACAGGCUGAGGAAGCUGAGGAGCAAUCCAACUCCCACCUGUCUAAGUUCAGGAAGGUUCAGCAUGAGCUGGAGGAGGCUGAGGAGCGUGCUGACAUUGCUGAAUCCCAGGUCAACAAGAUGAGAGCAAAGAGCCGUGAUUCUGGAAAGGGCAAGGAGGCUGCAGAGUAAAUCCUGUGAAAUCUUCUGACCAGUCACUCAUUUGGAUUAAUAUCCUGAUUACUGUGACCACUCUGUAACUCCUACAUAAUAAAAGUCUCUUCAGAA